CUCGCCGUCUGCUCGGCCGGGCGUUGGGGGCCGGGGCUCCCGGAGGCGACAGCGAGCGGCCUGGGAGAGGGCGACAGGCGGCGCGGGGAGCGGCCCCGGGUGCCCGGGCCAUGCGGGCUGGGCGGCUGCGCUGAGGGGAGGCCGAGCCCGGGACGUGCCGGGGGACUGCGGGGCCGCGGGCCAUGGCUGCGGCGGCAGCGGCAGCGGCGCGGGACGGCGGGAGCCCGGCCGCGACCAGGUGAGGAGGCGGCGGCGUCCCCGGCGUCCCUGCAGCCGCGGCGGCCUCGGAGGAAGCGGACUCGCCGCCGCGCGCCCGUCGUCUCAGCCCUUCCUGUUGGGAUUAUCUUCUGCUCCCCGCUCCUCCUUCGCACCCCACGACCGAAGCCGCCGCUCGGCUUCAGCCGGUGCCACCGCCACCUGGGCCUCGAGGGGAAACACCCCCUAACCCCACGGGCGAGACCAUGAGGAAAUUCAACAUCAGGAAGGUGCUGGACGGCCUGACCGCUGGCUCGUCCUCGGCCUCGCAGCAGCAGCAACAGCAGCAGCACCCGCCUGGGAACCGGGAGCCCGAGAUCCAGGAGACGCUCCAGUCCGAGCACUUCCAACUCUGCAAGACUGUUCGCCAUGGAUUCCCCUAUCAGCCCUCAGCCCUGGCCUUUGAUCCUGUACAGAAGAUCCUGGCGGUAGGAACUCAGACUGGUGCUUUAAGGCUCUUUGGUCGUCCAGGAGUGGAAUGUUAUUGCCAGCAUGACAGUGGAGCGGCAGUAAUUCAACUCCAGUUCCUGAUUAAUGAGGGAGCCCUUGUGAGUGCCUUGGCUGAUGACACCUUACACUUAUGGAACUUACGUCAAAAAAGGCCCGCCAUACUACAUUCACUUAAAUUUUGCAGAGAAAGGGUUACAUUCUGCCAUCUGCCUUUCCAGAGUAAGUGGCUCUAUGUGGGCACUGAGCGAGGUAAUAUACACAUUGUCAAUGUGGAGUCCUUCACACUCUCAGGCUAUGUCAUAAUGUGGAAUAAAGCCAUUGAACUGUCAUCCAAAUCUCACCCAGGACCUGUUGUCCAUAUAAGUGAUAAUCCCAUGGAUGAGGGGAAGCUUUUGAUUGGCUUUGAAUCUGGAACAGUAGUUUUAUGGGACCUCAAGUCAAAGAAGGCUGACUACAGAUACACAUAUGAUGAGGCUAUUCACUCUGUGGCUUGGCAUCAUGAAGGAAAGCAGUUUAUUUGCAGUCAUUCUGACGGGACUUUGACCAUAUGGAAUGUGAGGUCCUCUGCUAAACCAGUACAGACCAUCACUCCCCAUGGAAAACAGUUAAAGGAUGGGAAGAAACCAGAGCCAUGCAAGCCUAUCCUCAAGGUGGAGUUCAAAACAACUAGAUCUGGGGAACCUUUCAUUAUUUUGUCAGGAGGCUUGUCAUAUGAUACUGUGGGAAGAAGACCAUGUUUAACAGUGAUGCAUGGGAAAAGCACAGCAGUGCUGGAAAUGGACUAUUCAAUUGUUGACUUUCUCACACUUUGUGAAACACCAUACCCAAACGAUUUUCAGGAACCGUAUGCUGUGGUGGUUCUCCUGGAAAAGGAUUUAGUGCUGAUAGACCUUGCACAGAAUGGAUACCCUAUAUUUGAGAAUCCCUACCCUUUGAGUAUACACGAGUCCCCUGUUACAUGUUGUGAAUAUUUUGCCGAUUGUCCUGUGGACCUCAUUCCUGCACUUUAUUCUGUUGGAGCUAGACAGAAACGUCAAGGUUACAGCAAAAAGGAAUGGCCCAUCAAUGGAGGUAAUUGGGGCUUGGGUGCUCAAAGUUACCCAGAAAUAAUUAUUACAGGGCAUGCUGAUGGAUCAGUUAAGUUCUGGGAUGCCUCUGCAAUAACUCUACAAGUACUGUAUAAAUUAAAAACGUCUAAAGUAUUUGAAAAGUCAAGAAAUAAAGAUGACAGACCAAACACCGACAUUGUAGAUGAAGAUCCAUACGCCAUUCAGAUCAUCUCCUGGUGCCCAGAGAGCAGAAUGCUGUGCAUAGCUGGAGUGUCAGCUCAUGUCAUCAUUUAUAGAUUCAGCAAACAGGAAGUACUUACAGAAGUCAUUCCGAUGCUUGAAGUUCGACUGUUAUAUGAAAUAAAUGAUGUGGAAACGCCAGAGGGUGAGCAGCCGCCACCUUUGUCCACUCCCGUGGGCAGCUCCAACCCUCAGCCCAUUCCUCCUCAGUCUCAUCCAUCUACCAGUAGCAGCUCAUCCGAUGGGCUUCGUGAUAAUGUACCUUGUUUAAAAGUUAAGAACUCACCACUUAAACAGUCUCCAGGUUACCAGACAGAGCUGGUUAUUCAGCUGGUGUGGGUGGGUGGAGAGCCUCCUCAGCAGAUCACCAGCCUGGCGCUCAAUUCUUCUUACGGGCUGGUGGUUUUUGGCAACUGUAAUGGCAUUGCAAUGGUUGACUACCUCCAGAAAGCAGUACUGCUUAACCUCGGCACCAUUGAGUUAUAUGGCUCAAACGACCCUUAUCGGAGAGAACCCCGGUCACCUCGCAAAUCUCGGCAGCCUUCCGGAGCAGGCCUGUGUGAUAUCACUGAAGGGACUGUCAUCCCAGAGGAUCGCUGCAAAUCUCCGACAUCCGGUUCUUCAUCACCACACAAUUCAGAUGAUGAACAAAAAGUGAAUAAUUUUAUAGAAAAGGUGAAGACCAAAAGCAGAAAGUUUUCCAAGAUGGUAGCCAGUGAUCUAGCAAAGAUGUCAAGGAAAUUAAGCUUGCCAACUGACCUAAAGCCUGAUUUAGAUGUAAAAGAUAAUUCCUUCAGCAGAUCACGGAGUUCAAGUGUAACGAGCAUUGACAAAGAGUCCCGAGAAGCAAUCUCUGCUCUCCACUUCUGCGAAACGUUUACCCGGAAAGCAGACCCUUCCCCAUCCCCAUGUCUGUGGGUGGGAACUACGCUGGGGACAGUGUUCGUCAUCACACUGAAUCUUCCCCCUGGGCCUGAGCAAAGGCUCCUGCAGCCAGUGAUUGUGUCUCCAAGUGGUACUAUAUUGAGGUUAAAAGGUGCAAUCUUGAGAAUGGCAUUUCUGGAUGCCACGGGCUGCUUAUUGCCACCUGCCUAUGAACCCUGGAAAGAACACAACAUCCCUGAAGAAAAAGACGAAAAGGAGAAGUUGAAAAAGCGGCGACCUGUCUCAGUCUCCCCCUCCUCUUCUCAGGAAAUUAGUGAAAACCAGUAUGCAGUGAUAUGUUCUGAAAAGCAAGCAAAAGUAAUCUCACUGCCAACCCAGAACUGUGCAUAUAAGCAGAAUAUUACUGAGACGUCCUUCGUGCUUCGUGGAGACAUUGUAGCACUGAGUAACAGUGUUUGCCUGGCGUGCUUCUGUGCCAAUGGCCAUAUUAUGACUUUUAGUUUGCCAAGCUUGAGACCUUUAUUGGAUGUGUACUACCUGCCCCUUACCAACAUGCGGAUAGCCAGAACAUUCUGCUUUGCCAACAAUGGACAAGCCUUAUACCUUGUUUCACCUACGGAAAUCCAGAGACUCACCUACAGUCAAGAGACAUGCGAAAAUCUUCAGGAGAUGCUCGGUGAGCUCUUCACUCCUGUGGAAACGCCAGAAGCACCAAACAGAGGGUUCUUUAAAGGUUUAUUCGGAGGCGGUGCCCAGUCUCUCGAUAGAGAAGAACUAUUUGGAGAGUCAUCCUCAGGAAAGGCCUCGAGGAGUCUUGCACAGCACAUCCCAGGUCCUGGUGGGAUUGAAGGUGUGAAAGGAGCUGCAUCCGGAGUUGUGGGUGAACUGGCCCGAGCCAGGUUGGCCCUGGAUGAAAGAGGGCAGAAACUAAGUGAUUUGGAAGAGAGGACUGCAGCCAUGUUGUCCAGUGCAGACUCGUUUUCCAAACAUGCUCAUGAGAUGAUGCUGAAAUACAAAGAUAAAAAGUGGUACCAGUUCUGACAACCAGAAUCCAAUAAGUCUGACUUUAACCAGAAGGAAAAGAAAAUUUCCUUGUUGAUGCCAUUGAUGUAUUUGGGAAAGAUAACAUAAAAGGGAUGCACAGUGCUGAAAACUUCUUUCCCAGCACAAUCAUGCACUGUUUUACCUCAGUCAAAUGGCUUUAACUGAGAAGAAUUCACAUGCGUGCAAACUGGAGCAGAUGGUAUACGCUGGCUAUGAGCUGACAAACGGAGAAGUAAGCAGGGUCACACUGACAGAUGAACACACAAAGAACGUUGAGAAGUGCUGGAGGGUGCUCCCUUGGAUCAUCCCUGUAUUAAACUUUCAGAUGCCAAAAGAUUUUGUGCCAUUGUAUCUGCCAUGAGUGUUUGAUCCAAUGUGGGGAGAGGCUAUAAAUCAGCAGUUAUAAGUCCUAACUGGUCACAUUUGUGUCUGGAUUGUAUUAGGAACAGCUGUCUGGACUCGCCCUCUCUCAAGUAGACUGGUCAUCAGUGUCAUUGGUGAAAGAGCAACAAACUGUCCCCUUAUCUUUAGACUCUGCUGAAUGGUGGGCUUUACGUAAUCAAAACGUAUACAUAGCUCAUGUAUGGGGAUCCUGUUCUGUUCUUGUUAAUCAUAUAAUUGUGUUCAGUUCUUAUUUUUUUCAAAAGCAAAACAAGGUGAUACAUCACUUUUCAUCGAAAAGUGUAACGCAUGACUGAAUCGCUCAUCUUCUGAGUUUCCAUGUAGUGGCCAUGCGGUGUGGAAAGUAAGAAAACCUCCAUUGUGGUGAGGAGAAUUCUUCAAUGUCUUUUGUCCUCGUUCACAUCAACUCAGCUAAGGGUAGACUUGACCAAAACUGUUACUGGUUAAAUUUGUAGAAAAGUUAAAAUUGGCUAAGUUUUUAAUUUUGCUUGAAUUUUUAUAAAAUGUUUAACCAAAUGUACCCUUGCGUUAUUUAAUUAAAAUUGCUAAAACAACAGUGUUUUAUCAUUUCAGUUAAGUGCUCAGCUCCCUUUAAAACUCUCCUUUGUGUGCUGACAGUGUCAGCACACUCAGGUGAUGAACCGUUUAAUCUUAGUGCACAUGCCACCGCAUGGGAAACUGCAGGUGUCUCUUGUGUGAGUGCUCAGGAGCCCAGUCUGAUGACCUACAAAACACCCUAUAGAAACACAUCACACCUGCACAUGUCCUUUCAGAUACUAAAGGCAAAAAGAAAGGAAAGUAUGUUCACUUUGGUGACCAAGUUUUUUCCGUAAUGAAGAGUGAUGGGCAUUGCGUGGCAGAGGACACUGAAUGAUUGGUUCUUGCAGUAGCAGGAAAGCACAGAAAGCAAGCAGUCUGGAGGGCAGAGCCAGGGCCUGCAGCUGUGAGAGCCACAAAGGAAGAAGGGAAGGGAAGGGAGCAGGAACUUUACAUAUUGUCUUGUGUGAAAGUCUGUGCUGGGUCCUCACGAAUGAGCAGAGCACAAUUUGGGAAGCGUGGUUGUUUUUUAUUCCAUGUGAUGAGUAAAGUUCUGUGUAAGAUAUCUUCACUUUUCAGUCAGUCACUGACCUGUUUCUCUUUCAUUAAUAAAUCUUUUGUUUACAUUUUAUAACGUGCACUACUGGAUAUAAAAGUUUACAUCAAAGUUUAAAUAGCAUUGAGUAAGGGUUAAAUAUCUGUGAUAAAGAGAAUUGAUCAAGGUAAAAAUGUUUUUAAACUAUAAUUGUUUUUAAAAGUUUCUGAAUCUGUAGAAAGUGAAAAACACAUUUCUGUUUCAUGUCCGUGCUCUGAACAUUUGGCAAUUUACAAAUUGCUUAAUUUGCAUUAUAUAUUGUUCAUUAAACCCAUGUUCCAUGAUACUUCAUUGGAAGGAUUGGGUUCCUUUUUAGAGGUAUAGUUUUAUGAGUAUCAAUAGUCAUAAAGAGUUUUAAAAAGUCAAAAAGUACUAAGUAACCUGAUGCACUGCUGACUGUGUGAAGCCUCCGCUGUUUAGGCUGUUGUAUUGUUUGUACAUCGUUUCCUUCUACAGUCAUUUAACUGCUGUAUGUGAGAGGACUCAAAGUUGUAAUUACUGAUAGCGAAGUAGAUGCGUUUACCAGAGCUGCAUUUCGUAAGAACAUCUUAACCUACGAUUUUAGACUCUUUGUUUUUUCAAAUUAGCCUACACAGUGUGCACAAGCUAAGUGGUUAGGACUAGAAAGUCCAAAGUAUUUUUUGAAUAAGAAAAUGAGCUUCCCAGAGCUGUGCUUGAUUCCUUAAAGGUGACCAACCCAGAGAGUUGGUUGGAGUCUGAGAUGGCCUGCCUACCCCCAACCCACUCCUGUCUUUUUGAUGCAAAAAGCAGUAGUCACCAGCAAGCCAAAGUUUCAGGAACUGUGACAAUAACAACAGCAGAAAGGUCAAAAUAGAAAAUAUCAGAAAAUGAAAAUCUGUGUGUGUGUCUAUGUGUCUAUUCUCUACCCUCAUUUGUCUUUGAUUCUGAAAUUCAUGUAUUCCUCAAUUAACCUUAUUAAUGAGAAGAGAUUUCUCUGUAUAUACCACAUACCCAAUUCAUUUCCCAAACUAAAAUCAGUCCCUGUUUGCUUAGAAUGUUGUUAUUUGAAGUAUUGUAUUUUGUCAAAAUCUUUCUGUUUAAAAUAUGGCAUUACCUUAACACUCACUCACAUUUCAGCUGUACUAUUUCAAAAAUUGGUUAUAGAUUAAAAAAACAACAACUGUUCCUGAUUUGAGGUUCAUAGAAAAAAAUACUGCUAUGUACAUCUGUCAUUCCUUGCAAUUAUACUGCACUGUCAUCAAGAGCAUUACGUUGAUAAUUUGCUUAGGACUUUGUGUUGGUUCUUCUGAAUUUAGUUCAGAUAGAUAUUUGAGUGUUUGAAACCAGCCUGAAAGUACACAUAUGUUUAGAGCGAGGGAGAUUCUGGAAGACAGGUAAGGAAGGAAGCUGUUCCAAGUUUUAUCUUAAGUUCUGUAUUCAAAUCAUCUGUGCUUUGCUCAAGGCAUUUUGCAUGUGACAUUAGUAAAGCUAUCUCCAAAGGUUUUUUGUUUUUGUUUUGUGGCAAAGAUUUAUUUUAACUUGGGGGAUUUUAUUUAUUUGUUUCUGCAAAAUAAAGAGCACUGAACUUUAAA